UAAAUUGCCAGCUGGAUGGAGGCAUCGUCACUUUCUCGUUGGAUACGGUUUACAACAUGUGGCUACCUCUAACGAUUUUACUCUUUGCGGGGCUGAUUUCAGCCGAUCACCAUCAUGGCUGGAACAUCGGCAACGAGUACACCUACCUCGUGCGAAGUCGAACGAUAACCAACCUUGGCGAACUGUCCGACCAGCAGGUCGGUCUCCUGGUGAAAGGGUUGCUCACCGUUCAGGCGAAGGAUCCUCAGACGCUGGCGGCGAAAUUCUGGAAAGGCGAGUACGCUCGUAUCCAGAACUCUUGGCCGAACGGUUGGGACACCGUGGUCUCCGACCAAAUGUUGGAGCUCCGUGACCUGCCCAUAUCCGGCAAACCGUUCGAGAUCAGGCUGAAGGACGGCUUGAUCGUGGACAUAAUCGUGGAUCGUAACACGCCGACCUGGGAGGUGAACAUACUGAAGAGCAUCGUCAGCCAGCUGCAAGUGGACGCGAAGGGCGAUGACGCGUUGUUGACCAACGACAGGCAGAUCCCGACCGAUGAGUUGCCGUACGGCAACUUCAGAAAGAUGGAGGACUCGGUCGGUGGGAAAUGCGAGGUCCGUUACGACGUGAUGCCGCUGUCGGAACAUUUGAUCCGCGAGAAACCGGAAUUGGCCCCAAUGCCGACGAUGAACAACGGGAACCUCAUGGAGAUUGUCAAAACGAAGAACUUCGACAACUGCGACCAGAGGUUGAACUAUCACUUCGGCAUCACUGGGAACUCUUUCUGGGAGGCUGGAUCUAACAAGAAUGGGAAAUUCUUUUCGAAAUCUUCAACGAGCAGGAUCAUCGUGUCAGGCAGCCUGAGGAGCUUCACCAUCCAAUCGUCGACAACGACCAGCAAAUUGUUCGUCGGUCCGAGAUUCUACGACGAGAAGAACGGGCUGGUGGCCAGCAGGAUGAAUCUCACGUUGGCCGACGUGAAAGAAACGAGAAACGUUCUGCCGUCGCCGAGCGACCCAGAAUCCACCGGCAAUCUGGUCUACGUUUACAGCAAUCCGUUCUCUGACAUAGAGGAGCGCAGAAUCGGCAAACAGGACUCGAGGAAACGGUUAGUAUCGGACAGCGUGAGCUCGGUCAGCUCGAGCGAAGAGGCGGCGAACAAGCUGAACCCUCGAAGCGUCUCCUCGUCGAGCUCGUCGUCUAGCAGCUCGAUCUCCAGCAGCGAGGAGGAUAAGAACUUCUGGCAGCCUAAACCAACGUUGAGGGACGCGCCGCAGAACCCUCUGUUGCCAAUGUUCAUCGGCUACAAGGGUAAACACAUCGGACGAUCCGACCAAUUGGACGUUGUGAGCAGCAGCAAGGAGCUCAUCUCUCAGAUUGCCAACGAACUGGAGGAUCCGAGCAACAUCCCCAGCCAAGAGACCCUGGAGAAAUUCACGAUCCUGAGCAGCUUAGUUCGUACGAUGAAUCUGGAACAGAUCGAAGAGAUCGGAAGAAGCGUGCGCGUGUCGUCCGACGAUUUGAAGGCGAACGACAGAUCUCAGGUUGUUAAACAGAACGCCUGGUCGUUGUGGAAAGACGCUGUUGCCCAAGCUGGCACCGGACCUGCGCUCUUGGCUAUCAAGAACUGGAUUGAGAACAGGGAGGUCCAGAACUGGCAAGCCAUGGACAUUCUGUCCAGGCUCCCGAAGACUGCGCGCACACCCACCGAUCAGUACAUCAGGGAAUUGUUCAAACUAACCACGAUCGAAUCGAUGAACGAGGACAAGUUACUGAAGAGCGCGGCUAUCGUCGCUCUCAGCGAGCUGAUCCACAACGCCCAAGUGAACAAGAAGACCAUUCACAACAACUACCCGGUACACACGUUCGGUCGGCUCACGUCUAAACACGAUCGCAGCGUCCAGGACGAAUGGAUCCCUCAGCUGUCGCGCGAGCUGAAGAAAGCCGUCGAGAACAAGGACAGUGUAAUGAUCCAGACGAUGAUCGUCGCUCUGGGUAAAAUCGGCGACCCGAAGAUCCUCUCCGUAUUCGAGCCUUACCUGGAGGGCAAACAACCGAUGACCACGUUCCAGAGAACGAUGAUUGUCGCGGCGCUGAGCAAACUGGCCGACACUCAUCCGAAACUCGUUCGCUCCGUCCUGUACAAAAUUUACCUAAACACCAUGGAACACCACGACCUGCGUUGCACCGCAGUCUUCCUCCUGAUGAAGACCGAUCCGCCGCUGAGCAUGCUGCAACGAAUGGCGGAGUUCAUCAACGUCGACACCAACAAACACGUGAACUCGGCUGUGAAAAGUACAUUGGAGAACAUCGCGAAGCUGAACCACCCGGAGUGGGAGAGUAUGGCGAAGAAAGCUCGCGCGGUGAAGAGCCUGUUGGCCAAGAACGACUACAGCUUCCGCUUCUCCCACGGAUUCAUGAGCGACGUAAUAAACAACGAGAAGAACAUUGUCAUUCGAACGAUAUUGAACUACAUCGGCAGCGACGACAGCCUGAUACCGAAGGCCGUGUACUUCGCCACAUUCUCCACUUUCGGCGAAUUUAAGCUCCCUCCGACCGAGGUCAUCGCCAUGAUCUCGAGCGUCAGGUCUCUGAUGGACUUUGCCUUGAAGGACAGGCAGUACGAGGACACUGUGAAAAUGGCAGCUGAGAAGAUCGCCGAAGAAUUGAACAUCAUAGCCGACGAAGCUGUUCCUUUGGAAGGAAACGUGAUGUGGGACGUGAAGUAUAUCACGCGCUUCAUCCCCUUCAACAGGGACACGCUCCAGAGAUUACCUCUGACGAUCGCCAAAUUGAUGAUGAACAUCAGGGAAGGGAAGUUCGUUAACAUGAACAGAUUGGAAUCCUACGACAUAGCUCUCAGCUUGCCAACGGAGACCGGUCUGCCGUUCGUGCACACCUUCAACAUCCCAGUUCUCUUCAGGAUGACCGGGAACGUACAAGGCGAGUUGAAGGCCGGACACAGCGUUGUCUCGAAGAACAGCCUCCGCCUGGUCUACGCGAGGAAGGUCCAAGGAAGAAUCGGUUUCGUCACGCCGUUCGAUCACCAGCAGUUCGUCGCCGGUAUCGAUCUCAACUUCCAAACGUUCGCGCCGCUGAAAUGGUCUAUGAACCUGAACACGCCGAAACGCAACUUGGAGGUGAAACUGUGGCCGAUGAAAGGCGAGGAGAAGGCGCGAUUGCUGCACUACAGCGUCGUUCCGUUCACCGCCAUCCACGAUAUCCUCAGCCUGCGUCCCCUGCUCACCGAGAAGACCACGCACAGAGUACGCCCCGAGAACGUAAAGUCCGUAACCAUCCCAGACUCCGACACGGACUCGAGGAUUAAAAUAAACGUGGAAGCAGUGGCGACCGACGAGUUGUUCCACCUGAAGAACCUGAACAUCGACCAAUGGGUGAACACGCUCGUGAACAACGACAAUUUCCGCAACGUGAACGUGUUCGUGAAUGGGAAACGCGACCAGGUAGAGCCACUUGUGCUGAGCCUGUCUGCCGAACGCGUGGAAUUGUCGCCCGACAACAAUGACAAUGCUGUAUGGACGCCGAAGGCCUUCGCGGUAGAACCAUCGGACAAGGAAUCUCGCAGCGAGGCUCGCAAGAAGCAGAUGCUGACCGAAGCUGCCAGAGGCAUCAGAUCGGCUGUGUCGACCGUGGUUGACGCGCACCUGCAUGUUCCUGAUGAACUGGAAACCACGCUGACGAUCGCGAUGGCCAACAGCAACGUGGAGAAGAAGGGACGAACGCUGUUGUAUCUGCGCAAUUCGAUCGAUAGAUCCGGCAGGACACCAUCCACCGUUGAAUUGUGCGCGGCUGCUCAGGCCAAGGCCACGUCGAACGUCCCGUUCUUGGACCAGGCAACUCAAACGAGGCCCAGGGUAGAUUUGGACGUGGACCUGCGUGUGGGGAACACCUGCUCCGAAGGCGAGCAGAUCACCGUCAACGGCAAAGCUAUACAGACGAAGAAUCUCAGUGAACUGAUCAGGAAGUCCGCUGUGAUGAAAGAGUGCCAGAGGCAAAUGGAACAGGGGAACAAGAUGCUGCGUGUCUGUCAGAACGCGGCGGCGCUCAGCAUGAUUCUCGACGAAUUGGACAUCUCCGUGAACUUGCAGUCGAAGAACGUCGUCAACCUGAUCACCGAGAUGCUCAGCAAAGUGAGAAACACCAACCUCUUGAGCAUUCAUUCGGAUCUGAAGGCUUUGGAGAACGCUGACAGGUGGAAGGUCAAUCUCAAGGCUAAACUGUCUGACGACUUGAAGAAGAUCAAUCUGUUGGUCGACAGCCCGGUCAUGGACUUUAAGGUGAAUGACAUUAGUCUCUCUGCUCUUGGGGUUUCCACCAACGACGUUCUGAUUUCUGCCGACGACGCCAUGGAUAUUUGGAGUUCGUGGUUCAACAGGGAUGAACCUUCUUGCGUGCUGGACAGAACAAAGACCCAGACAUUCGACGGAAAGGAGUAUCCUAUGAGACUGGGCAACUGCUGGCAUGUCGUCAUGACCACCUUCCCACGAUUGAACCCAGAGAAUUCGGAGGAGAAGAUACAUAUCCCCAAGGACAGAAGUGUGAGCAUCCUCGUCCGUGACACAGAGAACGGCAAGAAGGAAGUGAAAGUACUACUCGGAAACACGAAGAUCCAAUUUGUUCCGACUUCCAACCUACCGACAGUCAUCGUGAACGAACAGACCGUUUCAGUGACUGACGACCACGUUCACCAGGAGAGACAGGGCGACAGGAUUCUGUUCGAGAUCUUCAAGCUUAACGACAACUCUCUUCAACUGAUCUCCAACAGUUUCCACAUCGACCUGGUCGUCGAUGGAAAACGCGUUCUGAUCAAGGCAUCGGACAAAUACCGCAACGCAGUUCGCGGUCUCUGCGGCAACUUCGACAACGAGGCGAUCAACGACUUCACCGGUCCCAAGAGCUGCAUGCUUCGCAAACCUGAGCAGUUCGUCGCCAGCUACGCUCUCACCAAGCAUCAGUGCGAGGGCGAGUCCCUGGAGGUAGCGAGAUCGCUGUUGAACCACGACUGCGUGCGCGAAACGAGAAACAUUCCAAGCAACGUGAUCAGCGACAUCGAGUCUGGCCGGCAAACCGUCGAGAAGGUACAUCUGGGCGGUCAACAAUCUGGAGAGAAACGCUGCAGCAUCCACAAGACUCACAUAACGGAACAUGACAACAAGCUUUGCUUCUCGAUGCGUCCGGUAAUGUCUUGCGCGCCUGGCUGCUCCAGUAACGAGACCAAAUCGAAGACCUACGAGUUCCACUGCAUGGAGAGGAACCCAGCGUCGAUGAACCUGAAGAAGAGAAUCGAGAAGGGUGCCAAUCCUGAUCUCAGCCAGAAACCAGUCACCACGACGAAAAUUAUGAACGUUCCUCUUUCUUGCAACGCCUGAUUUUAUCUGGCUUACCUACCUACCUCAAUGCAUUUUAGUAGAUGAUUAGAGUAGCACUGUAUUUAGCGCGAUAUUUUAAUAAAAUUUAUUGUUUUCAA